AUGGUACAGUUCGUGGUUAAGUUGGUUGAGUGGUUUUGUAUUGAUAUAUCGAGUCUCUACGUCGUGGAUUUUAUAAUGCAGGUUCUCUUCCUCCAUCGUUCCUAUAUAUAUAAUUUUAUAUUGGCCAUAUCAUCCGGCGAAACCCCGCAAACAUUAUUUUUUUUGGGUUUCUAUUUUAUCCGGGAAAAAAACGAGAUGUUCCGGCCAAGAAGUAGGAAAGUUUUUCCGGGGGCCCGAGGCACACAGACGGGACCGCAGAGAUUGAUAAAAAGAGAAGCUGAUGCGGAAAAACGUGAGGCCCACCGGAUUUACGUAAGAAAUCGCACGGUGUGUUGCUUAGAACAACCAGCGGAACACCGGAAUGGCAGCAACGGUGUUUGUUACCAGGGUUUCGGGUCAUGUGUAGAAAGAGAGGAAAGGGUCUGCAAUAGUGUGGAGGGAGAUCGAGACAAGGCUUCAAGAAAAGGGCAAGAAAUUGUUUGA